AUGUGCACAUCAUCAAAGACUGCUCCUCAUCUCGGAGCUGGCUCACAACCAUGGCGACUCUUCACGCCCCGAUGCCCGGAGCCUCAAGGAAAUUUCUUCGAGGACCGAGGAGCCGCCUGGUUCGAGCACUGGCUGGACCUGGACCUGGGCCUGGGCCUGGACCUGGACCGAAUCCGUGGGGUGUCGAGGGCGGCCCGAACGCUAACCUGGACAUUCAUUCACUCCUCAAUCCGUACAGGUGUGCACUUCACGCGACAUCUACAAGCAGCCGUCGAAGCAGCCGCUAUUGGCAAGCUCGGUUGGGAUACUCAGGAUGAGAACAGCCUGGUCCAAAUUGCGGCCAGCUUUGAUAUCCUCGAGCAGGGGGUGUGGCGGCCCAGUAGAAGCGUUGGUGGUGCUAUGGAACGCUCCAGCACCACAGGCGCCAUGCUGAGGAUAGGUGGGAAACAGGGCGGCUUGCUCAGGCGUCUCGCCUGA